AUGUUCUUAGGCCUCCUCGCCCUGUGCUCUGCCAUCAUGCUGCCAGUUCUUUGGUUUCUUUGGUGGAUGCGCAACAUCAAUCGGAAGCCCACCGAGGAUCUUUACACCGUUCUCGAAUUGGUCGACAACAACAAGGACAGCAACGAGCCACUCCUGCCGCAGUCGAUUAUGGGACGCUUUACAAAGUCCACGGGCGUUGGCACGGACGAUGGCAUUGAGCUUCCCAUAAUGAAGCAGCGCGCUUGGCAGGAGCUUGCCUCCGGUACCGAUCUCACGCUCCCCAUCAGCAUCAGCACCAACGAUCAGACCAAGCCUACAGCCUCGCAGGCGGGAGAAGGACAGUCAAAGUUGCGUGACAUUCGCGUUGACGGGCAGGAACCAAAAGCUGAGCAUACCAUUGGACUUGCCCUAGCCUGA